UCUUCUUCUCUGUAGCCGUUUUCAUUUGUUUCUCCUUCGCCACCGUCUUCUUGUCUUUACCUCCGGCGAUGGAGGACGGAGAUUAUAGAAACUGGGCUGAGCUUCCAGCAGAACUGACGUCAUCGAUCCUUCUCCGACUUGGCGUGGUUGAGAUACUCGAAAAUGCUCAGAAAGUGUGCAGAUCGUGGCGUCGCGUCUGUAAAGAUCCUUCGAUGUGGCGGAAGAUUGUCAUAGACAACAGUGGAAAUAGGGAUAUCUUCAAGUACGACCUCGAUUCCAUGUGCCGUCACGCCGUUGAUCGUAGCCAGGGCGGUUUGCUUGAGAUUGACAUUGAGUACUUUGGUACUGAUAAACUCCUCGAUUACAUCGCCGAUAGUUCUAGUAACCUGAGAAGCCUUAGACUUGUAAGAUGCCAUCAAAUAACAGAUAAGGGAGUUGCCGAAGCAGUUGUGAAACUUCCAUUGCUUGAAGACCUCGAGGUUUCAUACUGCUCAUUUUCAGGAGAGUGUCUGAGUGUUGUAGGCCAGUCUUGUCCACAUCUGACGACAUUGAAGCUAAACCGCCGACCUCGCGUCGAGUUUGUAAUAAAUAUGCGUGAUCAUAAUGCCAUAGCAAUUGCAGAAAGCAUGCCUGAGUUACGCCACCUUCAGCUUUUAGGGAACGCACUAACUAACACUGGCUUGAACGCCAUUCUUGACAGUUGUACUCACCUGGACCAUCUUGAUUUACGCCAGUGUUACAAUAUUAACCUUGUCGAAGAUUUCAUGAAGCAAUGUGUUGAAAGGAUCAAAUAUUUGAGAUGCCCCAAUGACUCAAUCGCUGAUUGCUCAACCGAAACCAGCUUUCUUGAUAUCGAUUCAGAUGAUGGCUUUCCCUAUAUGUAUGGUGGCUAUGACAUGAUGGGCGGCUAUGACAUUAUGGGCAGCUACGACAUGAUGGGCGGGUAUGACAUUAUGGGCAGCUACGACAUGAUGGGCGGAUAUGACAUUAUGGGCGGCUAUGACUCAGAAACUGCUUCCUCCUCUUGGUCGUCGACGUCUACUUCCGUUUCUUCGCUGGUGAAAGAUGAAGAGGUGAGAAAUUGGGCAGAACUUCCACCGGAACUGACAUCGUCGAUCCUUGGCCGGCUUGGCACGAUUGAUAUACUGGAAAAUGCUCAAAAAGUGUGCAGAUCGUGGCGUCGCGUUUGUAAAGACCCCUCGAUGUGGCGGAAGAUUGACAUGGACAACCUCGGAGACUUGGGAGCCAUGGGGUACGAUCUUGAGAUCAUGUGUCGUCAUGCAGUGGAUCGUAGCCAGGGCGGCUUGGUUGAGAUUGACAUUUGGUACUUUGGUACUGAUGAGCUCCUCAAUUACAUUGCCGACAGGUCGAGUAAUCUGAGAACCCUUAGACUUAUAAUGUGCUAUCCAAUAGCAGACGAGGGAUUUAUCGAAGCAGUUGUGAAGCUUCCAUUGAUUGAAUACCUCGAGCUUUCACACUGCUCCUUGUCAGGAGAGUCUCUGAAAGUUGUAGGCCAGUCUUGUCCAAAUCUGAAGACAUUGAAGCUAAACUCCGAGCCUGACCCUAAAUUUAAUGAUGAUGAGUUUAAUAAUGAAGAAGCUCUAGCAAUCGCAGAAAGCAUGCCAGAGCUACGCCACCUCCAGCUGUUUGGGAACAUACUAACCAAUGUGGGAUUGAACGCCAUUCUUGACGGUUGUCCUCACCUUGAGCACCUUGAUCUACGCAAAUGUUCCAACGUUGAUCUUACUGGGGAUCUAGAGAAGCGAUGCGUUGAGAGGAUCAAAGAUUUGAAACGCCCUACUGACUCAACCGCUGGUCACCCAUAUGGUAGAAUUACAGUUGAUGUCCGCUAUGAUGCCAGCGACUAUUAUUGGUAGUAGAUAUUGAAUCUUUCGGAACAAUGAAGAAAACAUGUUGCUUUUUUGGUCUUGUCAACUUAUGAACUCGUUUAUGACAUUUCUUUUCUCUAUGUCUCAGUGUCCUUUUGAACUUCAAAAAAAUGCUUUGAGUGCGUGA